AAAGAUUGGCAAAACUGUUAUAAUCUAGGAAAUUGUCGUCUGCUUGUGCGGUAUAUUUGUGUUGUGAUGUGUUGUAAAAUUUAUUUUGGGAUAUUAAUGUAAACAUAGUUUUCGUUGCCUCUUACAUAGUUUAUUAAUUAAUGACUUGUGAUAAUACAUUUAUUUUAGUUAGCUUAGAUCUACACAAUGGGGCUGGACCAAUUAAUGCUGAUAAUUGCAGCAAUUCAUCUGCUGUACUGCCCAUACACAAAAGUUGAAGAGAGUUUUAAUCUGCAAGCAAUGCAUGAUAUUUUGUAUCAUAGAUUUAACCUAACACUAUACGACCAUCACGAGUUCCGGGGCGUUGUUCCUAGGACUUUCCUCGGGGCAAUGACUGUGGCUUUGGCAUCAUCUCCUGCGGUUUACAUAGCACAUGCUGUUGGAAUGACCAAGUUUCUGUCUCAGUACAUAGUGAGGGCGACGCUGGGCCUGAUGGUGCUGGGCAGCCUGCGCUUGUUCCGCCAGAGUGUGCAGUCUGUGUUCGGCGGCCAGCUGGCCAGCUGGUUCGUCGCGGUGACCGUCACGCAGUACCACUUCAUGUACUACCUCAGCCGGCCGCUGCCCAACAUCAUGGCGCUGCCUCUCGUUUUGUUUGCUCUGCACAGCUGGAUCAGGCAGCGGCACGCGCACUUCGUCUUCUCGUCGGCCGCGGCCAUCGUUGUUUUCAGGGCGGAGCUGGCGCUCUUCCUGGGGGUGGUCCUGCUCGAGGACCUAGCCGGCGGGAGGCUGCACCCGUUGCGGUUGGUGAAGCUGGCGGUUCCGGCCGGGCUGCUGUCCCUGGCUCUCACCGUCGCGGUCGACUCCGUGUUCUGGAACAGGGUUCUGUGGCCGGAGGGCGAGGUUCUGUUCUUCAACACGCUGCUCAACCGCAGCUCAGAGUGGGGCACAUCCCCGUUCCUGUGGUACUUCUACUCGGCCAUCCCGCGGGGCAUGGCCUGCUCGGUGUUCCUGGUCCCCGUGGGGAUGUACUACGACGCGCGGGUCAGGAAGCUGGUGUUCCCUGCGCUCGCGUUCGUCCUCCUCUUCUCGUUCCUGCCCCACAAGGAGCUGCGCUUCGUGAUCUACGUCUUCCCGCUGCUGAACGUCGCUGCGGCGAGCGCCUGCCACAGGAUCUUCCAGAACCGCGGCAAGUCGUCGCUCCACGGCCUGCUGGCGCUGGGCGUGUGCUGCCACCUGGUGCUGAACGCCAUGUUCUCGGCGUUCCUGCUGUGCAUCGCCGGCGUCAACUACCCGGGCGGGGCGGCCAUCGCCCAGCUCCACCGCCUGGCCCGGGACGAGGCGUCCGUGAGCGUCCACAUCGACGUCCUGCCGGCCCAGACCGGCGUCUCCCGGUUCACCGAGAUCAACCCCCACUGGAGAUAUAAUAAAACUGAAAACUUGGAAUGUGGAAGUGAUGAUAUGAUGAGAUUCACACAUCUGCUAGUUGAUGCAAAAAGCAAAUAUUCACCGAACUUGAAGCCCUACUCCAGUACGCACACGAUCUUGGAAGCUGUCGAGGGUUUCUCACAGAUUGCAUUUAAUUACAACAACUUUCCACCCGUCAAAAUAAAGAUGAAACCGAUGAUCUUCAUCUUGAAGCGGACAGUGAAAUUUGAUGACGUGCAUUUAGAAACCUUAGGUGUUGAAUCUGAAGUUCCAGUGGAGGAUAAAGAUGUGGUUGAUGAUGAGGAAGGUAAAUUGUCUGAAGAAAUUAUUGGCUUGCAUGAUGUUGUUGAAGGGGAUGAAAGCGUUCAACUGUCGGAAGAAACAUAUGCUCGUAAUGUUGAAGAGGACAGAGAAGGUGGGUUUUCUGAAGAAAGUGAUGUUCAAGAUUAUGAUGGUGAUGUUUAUGUGAAUGAUGGUGAUGAUGAUGAUGAUGAUGAAGAAGGAAAAUUUAAUGAAGAAACUUAUUUAGUUGAUACUAAAAAGGCUAAAGAAAGGGAAGAAUCGUAUAAAAUUAGUGAAACUCUUGAUGAAUUGGAAGGCAUUAUCUCAAAAUCUCAAAAUAAAGUUGCACCAAAAAAAGUCAAAGAUACCAUAAGAACUAUAAUCAAAAAUUAUAAGCAAACUGGUGAUGAAAGAAUUGAUCCAUUACACCCUACUACUGAAGACUCUCUUCACUUAAGUACUGGGCACUUGAAAGAUCACAAACGAGAGAUUGAUAAAAAACCUUUGCACAAGUGGAAAACUCGGGAAAACAUUAAAAAGAUGAUUGAACAGCACGUAAAUAAGCCCCAUGACAUUCUUAAGGAAGCUUUUGAAGGCUCAACAUCUGAAAAAAGUUUGGUGAAGGACCAGAAACUGGAUGAAGUUAGUGAGAAGCCAGACAGUUAUAACAACGUAGUGAAACCAGAGAAAUCCAAAGAUAAAAACAUAACUUUGCAAAUUUCUAAAAAAGUGAGGACAGUUAGCAAAGCAGAAUUAAAACCUCCUGCCAUAAUGACGGAAGUGAAGUUUUCUGUUCCUGUGCAGGUCAUAACUGAAACAAAAAAUACCACAGAUGAUGGAGAACACUUAGAAAAUUCAGAAAUUGUGCAUGCUAAAGACAAACAAUCGAAAACAAAGAAAGUUACACUAAAAGUGGUGCCAGGAGCUACUUCAGAUCUACCAAUGCUGCAGACUGAAAAAGAGUCAAAAGUUCUUGCAACAGAGAAAAACACAAGAAACUCUGAAUCUGCAAGCGCAACAGAAGAUCUUAAUGUAAUUGACUUUGCUGCAAAUCAUCAGCUCAAACUAGAUUCGUUGAAGUCAAAGGACAUGCCAAAGAAAACUCUGAUGAAAAAGAAAUUGACCAUGAAGAAAAUUGUUUCCAAUAAUGAACCACAAGAACGAACACCGUCGUUGGUAAAUUAUCCCGACACAGUGACACAACCUUUAGAUACUUUAGAAGAUGAAAUGCGUGGGAGUCAAGUAGUUGAUGAAAAUGCAUCUGUUAAAGUGGAUUCUGUAAAUUCAAAAGAUUCUGUUGUGGAGGAGGAAAACAUUGUAAACCCAAGGGAACAAACUAGCAGUCAUAGUUCUUUGUCAGAUGCAGCACACGAGGACAAUAUGAAAGUUGCAACUGACAAGAAGAAACUGGCAAGCGGAAGUGACAGUAAUGUAAAAGAAAAUGGUUUUGUGACCACCACAAUGAAGGUCUCACGUAUGAGUCAUGCCAAUAACACUCACGGAGUUUCCAACAGUGAAGAAUUAGCGCAAGACGAAACAGCGGAAUCUGAACUUUAUCCUGCUCGACAAUCACAAGUGUAAACAUUUUUGUCAUUGCCAAAUUACUGUGCCACAUCACAGUUAUGUUUUGUCUCCUUUUUUUUAAAAAACCGUUGAUUAAUAUUGGACCUGUGCAAAUAUUAGUUAUUUUUCUUUUGAAACCUAUUUUCUAUACAAAUUUCAAAUUACAUAAAUAUGCAAGUACAAAUAUUACAUUUUUCAUUCAAAAAAUAUAUGUAACAAAUGUGUACUGUACAAUAUUUAUUUUGAAGCGAUGACAUUGAAUAAAGUACAAAUAAUAGAUUAUUAAUUUAAGUAUUUAAAAUCUUCAAUAUUUGUACAGGCCUGGUUAAUAGUUUAAGGCAUAAUUUGGGGGAAACAUUUAAGAAGUUAUACAUUUUGAAAUUUUGUAUUCCUAUAAAAAUUUCCAAAUGGUUAAAACAAAAAGUUCUGUAGAUUAAAAUUAUAUUUCUCUUAUACUUGUAGUAUCCAAUUUCAUAAAUUUUCAUGUAAGUUUGAACUACCAACUAAAAAUAUUAUAUUACUAAAUAUAUUUUACUACUUGAUAAUUUUUUAGCUUUCAUAUGAAAGCUAACCUGCAUAUCUGUUUGAGGAUAAAACUAGACUGUAAAAUAUUGUAUUUAUAAUUGUAAAUAUGUCAUAGGCUAGAUAUUAGCUUGUUAAUCUUGUUUUUAUAACUCAUGCCUCAAAAAAAUUUCAGAAUAUGUAUUUUGUGAUAAAUAUUUUUUCAUAUUAAUAGGUAUUACAGGAGAACCCUGUUAUAAUGUUUUUCCUGGGGGCACAAUUAAAACAAAAAAAAAUUAUAAGCAGGAAAUAUCAAUUUAAUAUUUGUGCUUUAAUUUUGUUCCAAUGGACUCAUCAAGCUGUAUAAUCAAAUUUCAUGUUAAAACCACUGAUGGGUACUCUCAAGGCCAAUUUUCCUUCAACUUCAUGGUGCAUUUAGCUUCUCUGUUCUUUGUAUUUACAUAGACAUUCCCUCAUUCCUGUAAAACUGUUUCAAAAUUCACAACGAUGGCGUUAGAGUGGAAAUGCUUAUGUCCAAUUCCUUCACCACUCAAACAUGUAUUGUUUUUGUGGAUUCCCAUCAACGAAUGAAAUAGGUAAAUUCAACUCAAGACUGCAUAAAAAGCUUUUUUGUGCCAUCGCGGAACAGUUGGCAAACUGAAAUACUGUAGAGAUACAUACAUAGGUACAUCUGAAAAAACGCCAGAAUUGCAAGGAAUGGAAUUAUGUUAUUUUGUUUACCUAGACACACAGCUGUGAAUAUAUAUGUACCUUUAAUAUAUAGAAUACAUAGAGGUUUGAAUUUUUUUUUUUUUUUUCAUUUCUGGAAUUUUAAUAAACAAAAUGUAAUAAGCAAGAAAUGCAUAAUUUGUGAAAUGUUACGUAGGUACAGGAUGUAAAUACAUUGUCCUUUUGGGGACAAUCUUUGGACAUUAAAAAUAUGAUAUAAGCAGGAAAUCAUUACAGGCAGAAACAUUAUAACAGGGUUUUACUGUUGCUGGCAUUUUACUAAAGUGUUGGUAAAAUAAUAAAAUACAUUUACUUACUUCCAUCAGACAAAAAGUUCAAAUUUUUCACGAAUCUGCAAAGUUUUGUAUGAUUAAAACUGAAAACAGUACCACCCUCAAGCUAAAUAUGCUAAAAGUAUCUGUGUACAGGAUGUCAAUAUGGCAAGCAUUUAUUUUUUGUGGGCAUCUUAAACUGAAUGUAUAACUAUGUUUCAAAAAUGCUGUAAUUUAUACUCAGUGCUUUUAUAAUUAUUUUUCACUACAGAAUAAUAGCUAUGUGAAAAAUAAACUCAACUUUAAUGUUUCAUUGCAAUGGUGGUGCUGCAUAAAUUUAACUUCUUAAAUUUCCAAUUUGUAUUAGUCAGACUAAAAUAAGUUUCCUUGGUAAGUUAAUGGCAUCGCAUAACACAUGUUAUUUUUUUCCUAUAACAUACAGCAAAUCUGCCUGCAAGCCUGAUUUUAGUUUACAUGAUUUGAUUCAAACACAUGGUUUGUAACACAAUUGGAGCAUCUGUAAAAGUUCAGAUACACAUCUUUUUUUUUAUCUUAACAUGCAGAUUAAUACUUUUUAAUGAAUAAUGACAAACAUGUAGGUAUUUCUCAAUUACAGGCUAAAGAGAGAGUAAAGCCAAUAUAAAUAAUGAAGUGGAAAUGAUCAAGAAACCCAAGCAUCACAUAUUAAGAAUGUUUCUUUUUUGAAAAACAUAUUUAAAAAAUUGUUUCUUAGUCUGAAUCAAAAAUAGUUUUUUUUUUUUUACAAAAAAAAAUUGAAAAAUAAUCCUUACCUUCUUGACUGGAUUUCUUGUUAGUAAUUAACCAUCAAGUUAUUCCUAUUGCAUUUUAAUUCAAAUGUUCUACUUCAACCAUGUCUGCAAUCACAACCUUCUAAUCAUUAAGAACCACCAGUGAUUGUACGAAUAUGUGUACAUGGCAUUCAUAACCACAUUUCAUUUUCUGAAAUAGCAAUUUUUUUUUCCCUAACCUAACUAAAACUAAGUGUAUUUGUUUGGGAAGGGUCUGGGUUAGGGAAGACUUAAGUGUGUCCCAGGCCAAAGCCUUUACGCCUAUCAUGCUGUGUUUCAGCCAUACAGAAAGGGUAGCAUGCAUUGUGUGCAUUGUUCAAUUAUUGGCCAGCCAUGGCAGCGAUUGGUGCCAUGACCCGUGUCUUAAACCCUAGACUAUGACUAGUUAAGUGGGACCCAGGUAAAACCUUCAUAGACACAGAGGAAACCCUUGGCUCAUUCACGCGGGGUUAAGUACCUAUCGCAAGCUUUAAGCAGACAGGUUCUAUACAGAACAAGAAGGAUGGUCCAGGAAGAAGAGUUGGUCGGGGCAGAAAGUUUCUACUGUGCUGAAAUAGCUGUGCUGCACAUUAGCAGUUUCUUUGUUGUUCCUUUUGUAGGGCAUAAUAGAAAGGUUGUGUUUUUGUUGUGUUAGCUAUAAUGUUAAGUAAUAUUUUAUUUGGGUUGAUUAACUUCAUUGGCAUUGACAUUUAUGUUUGAGAAAUAAUUAGUCAAAUACAACUGAAUAUCACAAGAUCAUGAAAUUAUCUGGAAAAAAUACUUGCCCAAAAUGUUUGUUUACAAUUUGCAGCAGUUUGCUUCUAAAUCAAAUCAAUGUUUACAUUGAGUGAAGUUUAUAUUGUACAUAGUUUUAUCCAAGUUUAAUGUAUUUUAAAACAUCCUGAAAACGGGUCUCUUAUGCCACACAGUAGAGCAUCAUAAAAGAAAACAAUGAAAAACAGAAAUAGAGUUUCUAUCGGAACCUGCAUUUCAAACUUAACCCUCAACUAGAAACAAAUUUUUUUUUCUCUAUUGCUUAGCUCUGUAGAAACGGUCAUAAUACUUUGCAGAUUUGUUUGUGCUGAAUUUUUGUGUUUUUAUAACAAAUGUUUUGAACUACAUAUUGAAAUAAUCUUCACUGAUUUGGAAAAGAAAUGGGGUAUACAAAAUAUUUUUAUCUAAAUUUUUCACAGACUGUAAAGGAGUUUUGUUUCUCUUAAGGAGCAAAGUGACCCUUUUUUGGAUUGAAUUUUCAGCAUUUGGGUGUACUGAAAUAAUCGCUUUUGUCUUAAGUGAAGAAGUAAAAUAAACUAUAUUUGUUAUCAUAUAACUGUUAAACUAUGUAAAUGUAUACUUACAAUAGUCUGUGUUAUAAAAGUGUUGGGUACCUGAUCAUUUUAUUACUAUUUAAUGGAGAAUUCGUGUGUGUUUUGUGAUUUUUUAAAAAUGUAUUUUGUGCAUUGUAUUCUACUGCCAAUUUUUGGUGAAGUUUGUUAUUUUUUACCGUUGCUAACUAUCACUAUAAUCCAUUCAGCAUUAAAUUUAACCUUUCUGAAGCCCUGCAAAAUUUCUCGAUUUAUGCUACAGACAUUUCAAACAUUGCUGUGUGAUUUUUGUGCAGCUUGUUUAAAUUUUAUGCAUAGACUAUAGGCCUGUGCGUAUAAUAGUUUUUAGAUGCGAAGUGAAUAUCAAAUUGAAUGUUUAAAAUAUUCACAAAGUCUAAUCGAAUUUCGAAUAUGGUUCUCAGUGAAGCAGUAUUACACUUAUUUUAUAAAGUACAGGAUUGAAAUUAAAAAUUUAUCAUUUAACAUUUGUAAUGUUUCAACUGAUUAAUUGAUUAAACCAAUAGGUUCUUUUUUUUUAAACAACUUUAUUCAAGCAACACAUAUACAAGCCAAAAAAAAAACCUUAAUAUUUUCAUGAGCGAAUGUAAGUUUUCAAAUGUUUUAAAAUUUCGUAUUUUUUACAAAGUUUCGCGUCAGACACAAAUUUUGCGUCCCAACCGAAGCUUCAAAUAAAAUAUUAAAACGAGCUUCGAUUGGUUGGCUUAGUCGACGCUUCGCACAGGCGUAAUGAACCAGCACAGCCAUGGUGACGUCAAGACUAGACCUUGCUGUGACUUGAGUCUACAAAUGUGGUGACAGCAUUUUGAACCAGUGUUCUGUUGUAUUUAAUUGUUACCUUAAGCUGAAAGUUUUUGUAAUUAUUUCAUUUUAUAGAAUUGCUCGAGUUCACCUAAGUAAAUUGUAUGUAGCAUCCAGUGUGUGAAGAGAAUUGAGGCACUGAGAUGAGAAAUUGAACAUGAACCAAAAGUACCACAAAUUGUUCAUAAUACAAACAAAAUAAGUCAGUGGUACUGUAUUUAUACUCUUCAAUUAGUUUUUCUUUUCCUGAAGGGAAAAAAAAAGCAUUACUGGCACUUGUCAAUGCCUUAAUUAUUUUAUGCCUGUUUUUAAGAGCUUAAAGUUACUUAUGGCGUUGUUGCCUGAAGUCCACACUCUCUCUGCAGUACUUAAGCUAUUCUUGCACAACUAUUUUUAGAAUGUGUACGUAGCUUGCGCCUGUUUUUCUCCACUUAUAUCUUUCAGCACAAAAGGUUAAACUAGUGAUGGAUUGAGUUACACUUGUCUUGAAUAAUUUGAUCUUCUUGCCAGACAUUGUAAAAAGACAAGUUUCCCAUCUCACAGCUUCAGAAUCAAACAUGUCAUGUCAAUAACGUGCAUUUUGACAAAAGUUACUUAAUUAAUUUAAAUGUGCCAUUUUGAGGCAUUUAAACUGCAAGAAGUAUUAUGUUGCAUCUUUGUAAACUAUUGCCAACAUACAGUUCUCCACUGUGUUUUUUUUUUAAAUUCACAUCGACAGUAAAAAUUACAGAAUAGUGUAACUUUAUUGUACCAAAAAGAUUAUGUUCUAUUUCAACCUUGUCUGCAAUAACUUCUAGUCAUUAAGGACUCCACCAGUUAUGGUAUGAAUACGUCUAUGUAGCAAACUUGAGCACUUAGCUGCAGUACAAUACCUGAUUAUUUUAUUUUCAGUUGGUGACAAAAUAGUAAAGCAUAAAAUACAUAAAAAUAACUUGUGUAAGAUGGAUAAUAAUUUUUUUUGAAGUUUUUUGAUUUAAAUUACAGUGCGAAGACCAAAAAUUAACUUUUUUUUUUUUGUUUAGUUCAUUUUAAUAAUUAGUCUAAAAAUUUGAGAGAGAGGUAAACUAUAUUGUGUCCAAGUUUUACUGAGGUUUAGUGAAACUGCUUGUUGUUAAGUUACUAUGUGGAAAAAGUUUUAAUUUAUGUUUACUGUGUGUGUAUUAAAGACUGCCAUGCUAAGAAUUUAAAUAUUUAGUAAGAUGUUAUUCAACAAUUUGAAAAAGUAAAUUUUAUUUAUACUAAUAUAGUGCCUCAUGAUUUACAAAAGUGUGUAUUUAGGAGAACUUUUCACUACCAGUCUGAAGUAGUGUUUUAUUUAAGCCUUUUUCAAGCAAUAAAUUUUAUUUAAAAAUUUGAAUUAGUUUAACUGCAUUUUAAAUUCAUUUGAAUGCAGUUGAGUAAUAAUUAAUGUAACACUUUCAAAAUAAUAGUGAUAAACUGAAAGUAGUGUUGGGUAGAUUCUAAAUCUGUUAUUGGCCAAUUCAAAAGAUUCCAGUGGAAUUGAAGUAGCCAGUAGCUGGGAAUCUGUUCAAUUCGUCUCCUAUAGCAAAACUUUUAAAUUGUGACUUUCAUAUUACUAUGGUAUCAUAUUGUUGAUACCUUCAAUAAGGAAUUUUGUCUGAGAUCAAUUGGGAUCUCCUAAUUUGGUAUUCACCAACUAGAGAAGUGUUGGAUUAUUUAAUGAUGAGUAUGUUUAUUUAAUUAUAUUUUAGGUUCAGUUAAUUUAAUAAGAAAUCUGUCUGAAUAAUGGAGUUUGAAAAUCAAAACUAGAAUUGUAAUCAGUAUAUUUUAGGAAUAAACCCAACACUAAAAAGGUUUGUGUGGUUCACUAUAGAAAACUCCAGAGAACUUGAACUUCUUGGACUAUUUUAAUUAACAGGUUUGCCAUCUAAGAAAUGUUUACUCGUUCCUUGCCACGGUAGGCUAUCGUGUGGUAUAGCGUGUAACACUCCAGACUUUUGGCUAACUCACAUCUUGUACACACGUACAUGAACUGUUGAAGAAAUUGUUUGGGCGCUAAAAAAAUAUUUAAAUUCCAAAGAAAAAUGUUACUGCUUAUGAUUGUUUAAAUAAAGUGUGUCUGAUGCAAACUGUU